AUGCAUUACUCGACUGUCCUGCAAUUAGCCACGCUUGCUGCGCUUGGUGAUGCCUCUAAAAUUAACCCCGGCCACCAUGCCCUUCAUAACCAUCGCCGAUAUGCUACCUCUAAUGGUACGGGCUACUCUUUGACUGACGAGUAUCCGACUGGCCUGGAUUUCUUCUCUCGAUUUUCCUUCUACACCGACAAUGAUCCCACCCACGGCUUUGUCACUUUCGUUGACGAGGAUACUGCCACCAGUAAUAACAUGAUUUCCGCACAAGGGAACACGACUUACAUUGGUGUUGACAGUACCAAUGUUGCUUCAAGCACUGGGCGUCAGAGCGUUCGCCUAACUUCUACUACUACCUACAACUCUAGUUUAUUCGUUCUCGAUUUGGCCCAUAUGCCAGGAUCUAACUGUGGUUCCUGGCCUGCAUUCUGGACACUUGGCGCCAACUGGCCCUACCAGGGAGAGAUUGAUAUCAUCGAGGGCGUCAAUCAGCAGUCUGGAAAUGCCAUGACACUGCACACUAGCGAUGGAUGCACCAUCAAUAAUAAUGGCUUCAGCGGCUCUAUUUCAACCAACAACUGCUUUGUUAAUGCGACUGGACAGAGCAACAACGCCGGCUGUGGUAUCGACUCCACUGAUCCCACCUCGUAUGGUGAUGGAUUCAAUAACAACAACGGUGGAGUGUAUGCAACAGAAUGGACGGAUGAAUUUAUUCAGAUCUUCUUCUGGGGCCAUGACAAUGUUCCUUCUGAUCUCACCAACGGUUCCCCAAAUCCCGCUAGCUGGGGACAACCUGUGGCUCUCUUCAAGGGUGAUUGCGAUAUCGGUUCUCACUUCCAGAGCCAAAACAUCAUUUUUGAUAUCACCUUCUGUGGCGACUGGGCUGGUAGUGUCUGGAGUAGUAGUGCGUCCUGCUCCAGUCUGAGCUCCUCUUGCUCGGACUACGUCCAGAAUAACCCAUCCGCCUUCCAAUCUUCUUAUUGGUUGGUGAACUCGCUCAAGGUUUUUAGCCGUUCUUAA